AUGGUCGAGGCUGAACGGAUGCCACGUAUGCAAAGACAACUCGCAGAGUUGGUGCUUUGUGUGGGCAAAUAUAUGGUAAAUUUGAGUUACUUGGCGUAUUAUAUCGAGAAUUGUGAACGGGACGAAACUAUGAGUGGAGACCGAACAAGGUCAGAAACGCUUCAAAUGACGGUGAUGAUUGCGAGCGCGUUCCGAGUCCAUUUCAUGCGACUCUUGGAAAUUCGAGAUUUGUCCAUUGUCAAGCAUUUGGUAUCAAAAGAGCUACUAGAACGUGUACAUCAAUACAGCAGAGAACUCGAAGUGGAGAUUUUGCUGUUGCGAGACGCAAAGACGCGCCAUUCAGGCGUCGUUGAGGACGCAAUUUCCAAAGCACAUGCUAAAUUGCCCGUGCAAUUACGGAAUUGCGUUCUGGGAUUGGCACAUAUCCAUUUAUUCGUGCGUAAACUGCCACUCGAGCCCAAAUUCGAAGUUUCUGACAAGCAGUUUAGCGUGCUGUCUCGUGAACUUGAGCAGGACAUGCUAGCACCUUGGCGUGCACAACUUAACGGACUUCGAGCGCAGGUCGCAGUGUUGGUAACCCAAGACGCACAAAUUAUGCGCAAAUACAAAGAAUCUACUGUACCACGUUCAGAAAACGUGUCUGAGGGCGAGUCAGCGCAAAAUGCGUCGAUAAUUGCUUGGCUUCAGACCCAAUUGGGUGGAACUGAAAUCGAUACUUUGUCAACGGCAUAG